UCUGAUAGAUGGGUAUAAAUGGGCAGCCUGCUGUCUGUGUGGAUCAUUUGGUGUCAGACCUUUAGAUCGCAUUGCAAAGGAUUUUGUGUUUCUUUUUGUCAAGAUUGUUGCUUUUUGAAGGGCAUUCUGUGAGGACUUUCUGAGUGUUUGGCAGCCUCUGUGGGUGUGUUUUAUAUCAGACAGCUAUGAGUGGUAAAUACAGUGUGGUGUUACAGGGUCCGGCCCCAUGGGGCUUCAGACUGCAUGGGGGGAAAGACUUCAACAUGCCUCUCUCCAUUUCACGGCUGAUAGAUGGAGGAAAGGCUGCUAAAGCGGGAGUUGCUGUGGGAGAUCUGGUCCUGUCCAUCGACGGCAUCAGCACUGACAGCAUGAACCACCUUGAGGCUCAGAAUAAGAUCAAAUCCAGCACAGACAUACUCAACCUCUCCUUACAGAAAGCUUCCAGUCUUCCAAAACCAGAUGUGGCACUAAAGGAUGAUUCUGUGGAAAUCAUCAAACCCGUUCCCAUGACAACCUCUAUUCCAUCUUCCUAUGACAUCACAAACUCCACCCACAUCACUUCAUCCUCCAAUAGGAGCACCCGUCUGUUUGGAGGGGCGGGGUCACCACACAUAUCCUCCAUUCCCUCUGAUGCAUCUGCUUUUGCACCCGCCUCCUCAGCUCAAAACCCUAAUACACAGGAUCCGCACACGCCUACUGAUGGCUCACCCAAUCAUCUACCAGUGGUGCCCCGCCCUUCAGUGUAUAACACGCCCAUCAGUCUCUACUCCAAUGAGAAUGCCUGUGAGGUUGCCAUGGGCCAGAGGCGGGGCCUGCUGGAAAGCCAGGGUGAAAGCUCUCAGCUGAAUGGAAAACCUGCAAUGAACAGAUUUCUUCGUAAACCAAUCAUAGAGACUGACAUUGACUUUUACCACGUCCCGACUCAUGGUGAUGCCAGCAGGACACGCAUCAUGGAGGACACAGAGGACUGGUGCCCGCGGACGGGAACUUCACAAUCCCGCUCCUUCCGUAUCCUGGCCCAAAUCACUGGCACUGAAUCAGAAUUCGAUCACUCACAGGAGUCAGAAUCAGCAAAGCCAACAAAUGAGGAGCUGGAUGAUUCUCAGCCCAGCGCUCAUGUCACCUGUCCUGUUAAGACCAUGAUCAAAGCAUUGGGAACGCCUGUCAGAAACACAUCAGGUCUCAUUACUCCCACUUUUGGUGUCAUGAGCAACAGUACUCCUUUAGGCCCCGCCUUGGACCAUCCCAUGCCACGCCCACACCCCAAAGAUGAAGCCUCAUUGGUCCAGAUGGCAGAACACAUCCCUGCUGGAACACGCACUCCUGUGUGCGCUCACUGCGACUUGAUUAUCAGGGGGCCGUUCCUGAUGGCGAUGGGGAAAUCGUGGCACCCAGAGGAAUUCACGUGCGCUCACUGCAGUGUGUCUUUGAGCGAGCUGGGUUUUGUGGAGGAACAGGGCUCCGUUUACUGCCAGCACUGCUAUGAGGAGUUCUUUGCCCCGACCUGCGCGCGCUGCCAGUACAAAAUCCUGGGGGAAGUGAUCAGUGCACUCAAGCAGACCUGGCACGUGUAUUGUUUCCUGUGUGCAUCCUGCCAGCAACCAAUAAGAAACGAUACUUUUCAUCUCGAGGAUGGAGAGCCGUACUGUGAGAGGGAUUUCUACAGUCUGUUUGGGACGGGCUGCCGUGGUUGUGAUUUCCCGAUAGAAGCAGGAGACAAGUUUCUCGAGGCCCUGGGUGGCACCUGGCACGACACCUGCUUCGUGUGCGCAGUGUGCAGCGUCAGUCUGGAGGGUCAGACCUUCUUCUCCAAAAAGGACAAACCGCUUUGCAAGAAACACGCUCACAAUCUCAAAAUAUAAAUGCACCUUUGUAAAUGCAAAAUAUGAAAGUGACUGGCAAAGCAUAAACAAAAAAACUAAAACAUAUUUACAAAGAUAUAAAUUACAUAAAGUAAAAUCACUUCUGAUGUGGUCUGAAUGAUGGAUGAUCUGUUAGAAGAUGGCUGUGUGUGAACAGCACUUAUGAAACUUGUGUUAGUGUUAUUUUAUUAAAUCAAAGAAGUAUCUUUUCUUUUUCUUUCCUUUCUCUCUUAAAGGGAUAGUUCACUUAAAAAUGAAAA